AUGUCACAAUCGAUUGAGCACAUUGACCCGCUGUCACUUAGUCAUAUAGGUGCACAAUGUUACCAUGCCAGACUGAUACGUCCUUCUUGCAAACUUCUUUCCCUAUGUUAUAUGACGCUGUCUGAUAUUCACGGGCCCUCCAAACUACCUUACAUGAAGCAGUGGGAGACAUCGUUAGGAGUAACCCCGACUCUCAUAGAAUGGGAACAAGCCAUCAUCUACACCAAACAAUCUUCGAAGUGUGUCACACUAUGGGAAGCCUACUUUAAAAUGUUAAUGAGAUGGUACUUGGUCCCGAGCAGGAUUCACAAAAUUUACCCCAAUUCUCCCUCAAUAUGCUGGCGCUGCAACUCCAGUUUAGGUUCUAUAGAACAUAUAUUUUGGCACUGUCCCAACCUGCAACACUUUUGGAAAGCCGUCCAAACAACCAUUCAUGCGAUCUGUAAGACAACAUUCCCACUAGUCCCAGAAAUUUACUUGCUCCACAUUAUCCCUAACCUACGUGAUAUACCAUCUAGAGACGCAGUAUUAAAUAUAUUAGUAGCAGCAAAAAUCAGCAUUGCAGCCCAUUGGAAAGACACCAAGUCCCCUUCUUUGAAGGAGGUUCUAGGUAGGGUAGAGGUUACAUACCACCACGAAUGCGAAUGGGCAAAAGGGGGUAACGGGUCACACCUUCUGAACAGAUGGAAAAAUUGGGAGUCUUUUAAAGAUUCUCAUGCUACAGUGUAA